UUCGGGUAAUCAUAUUCAUAAACAUAUAGGAAUGUGUGUGUAGUAUAAGUAUAAUAUGUAUAUGUAAUCAUGCAUCCAAUUAGAAGUAUAGAAAACGUAAGAAGCAUGCACUACACAGCCAUUCAUAAAACAGCAACCCAAUGUUUUUGCAAUAUCAGGAUCUUGCAACGAUUGGUUGCAUGAAUUAAGAAUUAACCAGUGUAAAUUGAUUAAUCCAAAGCUCUAGUAAUACCAAAACUGAUUUAUUAGGUUACAUUUGGUUAUUUUUCAGUAAAGAACUGCUAUAUCAGACGUUUUCCAGAACAGAAACACGGGUGGGAAAUUUGGCAAGCUGGUACAUAGGUUUUUAAUAUCUUUUUUGAAAAGCACUGGGUUAGAAACAAAAUAGGUCAAAUUCGUAAGCAUUUUUGCCUAAAUUAAAUUCAGGAUAUUUUUUAGCAGUUUCGAGAUUAUUCACAUCUAGGGUUGGAAAACUUCUGAAAUUGUGAGUUCAAAGUCUUUCACGGUCAUAUAAGAACAGGUGUCGGGGCGGAUUGAAAGUCUUUUAAAUAAAUUGAAUCCUUUGACUGGUUCAUUACCCUUAGCAAAUAUAAAGUAAAACCGUUUAUGAAUGCUCAAUUACCACAUGACUUUUUGAUCAGUGACGUGGUUUUUAUUAGACAUGGUGUUAUGUACAUGCUCUAUGUAAACUUGAUUUUCUGUUAUAAGCGAAUAAGUACUCACACCAUUAUAUGAAUUGCUAGGGUAUUUGCACACUCUAAAACGCAUCUUGUAGAUAAUACUCUAAGGUCGAUAAUUACGAAGAAAAAACGUGAUCAUGACACCAGUGUGAUAAAACGAAGUAUUUCAUGUGAAAUACCGCAAUGCAAACUGCAAUAAGAAAGGAACUCCACUCACUGAAAUAGCGUUUGACUGAGAGCCGUAUUGCCUGGUCGGUGGUAAAGACUUAGCGACCGUCCGAGGUUCAACUAUUCCGUAUUCCGCAGGGGGUGUAAGAAUAGAUUUGUCUAUAGUCUGCCCUUUGUGCCUUUGUAAAGCGUUCUUUGCUCAAUAGCUCGAAGCUAUGCAUAAAUAAACAGGGCUCUACGAUCCGGAAGCAGAGUGAACGGCUUUAUCUUGGUAUUACUUUGGAAAUUGGAACUAUAGAAGUGGCCAAGGCGUUCAUCUUGCCUGCACAAGACCAAAGUGUUAUGAAAAGACGGGCGGCAUAUCACAGGGCCUUGCGGUCUUGCUUUUGAGGCAGGUGGUCGGCGAAACGGUCAACAAACAACAUGGGUCAACUUUGUUCUAAGCUAUAACAAUUCGCGCCAGUCUUUAGGAAAGAGUGUUCAAGACAAUCGGGCACAGUAUCACAAGUGAGAGACUAAAGCACCUUUGAAUAAACUUUGAAGGCCAAUAUUUACAUUUGGAAUCUAUUACCAUACAAGAAUAUUAGUUGUUGAUAAUGGUUAGUCAUUGCUCGGUGACUGAGAGUGCUUACGACAAAAACGAAGAGAGAGAAAUUGAAAGAGUAGAAUCUUUUGGAUCCCGUUCAGAAGGCAGAGACUCGUACUAUUGCGUUGAGAUGAUCGAGAAAAACUCGCGAAGGAACAGCCAGGCAAGUGAAUGCUCGACAGCAAGUCGCAGUGAUGAGGAGGUCGAAUUUGAUGAAGAAGGGAACGCGAAUACUGAAUCAAGCUCUACUAACAAUGUCAAACAGAACAAACUUGUUAAGCCACCAUACUCCUAUAUAGCACUCAUUACUAUGUCAAUAUUACAUUCGCCUCAGAAAAAGCUGACAUUGAGUGGGAUAUGCGAAUUCAUUAUGCAAAGGUUUCCGUAUUACCGUGAAAGGUUCCCAGCUUGGCAAAAUUCGAUAAGGCAUAACUUAUCGCUAAAUGAUUGUUUUGUAAAAAUCCCCCGAGAACCAGGAAAUCCGGGAAAAGGGCAUUACUGGACCCUGGAUCCAGCCAGUCAAGAUAUGUUCGACCACGGAAGUUUUUUAAGGAGAAGAAAACGUUUUAAAAGGCCUCGUUCUCCAGGAAUUUCAAGCAUGAUGCAUUGCUAUGGGUAUCACUCGAGAGCCCCGUGUGAAUCGAGUCGUACCCCGAUCCUACGUACAGAUCUACCAUUAGGGUACGAUUCGCAUUACCAAGUCUCCCACUCCUGGCCUCCGUAUUACAUGCCUGAUCCAGGGUAUCACCAUCAUAGCGUUCAUUCAGAAACCAAUGUAGCUCACCAGGAGCCACGCCAAAUGUCCAAAAAAUCUACUGACUUCUCCAUUGAUCGAAUCAUUGGCAACGACAAAAGUAGUAAGAAGGCUAGCAGUAUCGAGGUAUCGCGUAAUGUGCACGACUCGCAGAUAUGCCACGUUAGCUGCACGCAGCAAAGGCAUCUUUCAUUGCCAAUGAACCAGCAUUGCACUGCGACGACGCUGCCUCAUUCGCUGCCUUCUCACUCAGACAGUUAUUGUGAUUGCCAUCGCCACCAUGUAUUUCCUCAUGUAUUGCCCCAACACUCACAAACACGGGACAUAAGACUCUUUAGUCAAAGGAACUCAUGUUCAAAUACAAAUCCUGUUUUACAAGCGAACCAUUCACAUACAAUUUGUGACUGUCACUUAGACCGAUUGUAAACGUUAAUAGACUCUUCUAGAUGUAUAUAAUUAAGACAUUAAGAUGUCGUUAAAUAGGACAGUGUAUAUUCCUCAGCUACCUUUGAUGUUUGCUCAAUAUGUGCUCCUUUCCCUUAGGUUGUAAGUUUUUAAGUUGAGAGACUUGCUUGGUAAUUGCUAUGUUGUUGGUUCAUUAAGCUCUUUUUGAUGAUUAUCGACAAAGUUGUCGUUAAACUGGUUUAUAGUUCGAAAGUGAAUGUCUAGUGACAUUUUCUAGUCCUGAAACACUGUCCCCGAGGUGAUAUAUAUCUUCAUAAAGUUACUUAGAGUUUAGGUGUGAUAUCAAACAUGAUAUGUAUGUAAAUAAGAAAGUACAAGCAUUAAAUGUUUACAUCUACUGUUGCUUGCUAAAUUCAUCAUCUUCAGAUGAAGUUGACUCUCAGAA